UUGUACGCUAUGACGUAGGCGUACGUUUUGUUGUGGAGCGCGGCAAACGGGACCACAGGCUGAGAACGCAGAGUGGAAGAGCAGAAAACUAUAAAAGUGUUAAACGCAACUUGGAGCUAGAUUCAAAGUUAAAGGGACAAAUGGCUGCAACAAGUAAAGCGGCUAGAAAUCUACCAUGGGUUGAAAAAUACAGACCACAGAAACUUGAUGAUCUAAUCUCACACAAAGAUAUUCUGAGCACCAUCCAGAGGUUCAUCAGCGAGGACAAGCUCCCCCAUCUCUUGUUCUACGGCCCCCCUGGAACAGGAAAGACCUCCACCAUCCUGGCCUGUGCCAGACAGCUGUACAAGGACAAAGAGUUCAACUCCAUGGUGUUGGAGCUAAAUGCAUCAGACGAUAGAGGUAUUGAUGUUGUUCGGGGUCCAGUACUGAGUUUUGCCAGCACCAGAACAAUCUUCAAGAAGGGCUUCAAGUUGGUGAUACUGGACGAGGCCGAUGCCAUGACCCAGGACGCCCAGAAUGCAUUGCGGCGAGUGAUCGAGAAGUACACAGAAAACACCCGGUUCUGUCUCAUCUGUAACUACCUCUCCAAGAUCAUCCCAGCCCUGCAGUCUCGCUGCACCAGGUUUCGCUUCGGCCCGCUGUCCCCAGACCAGAUGGUCCCUCGCCUGGAGUAUGUGAUCCAGCAGGAGAAGUAG